AUGUCCCCCACCCACACCGUUCACGUAUCAGGUAUCGCCUCAACAACCACCGAGGCGAGCCUUCACGAUUUCUUUACCUUCUGUGGAACAAUCAACUCCAUCGAUUUCAGGGAUCCAGACAAGACUGCUGUUAUCCAGUUUGAGAAGCCCUCGGCUGCAAAGACCGCUCUUAUGCUUAAUGGCGGUGCUUUGGAUGGCGCCACUCUUUCCGUCACUACUGAUGCCCUGCCGUCUGAUGAAGAGGAUGAACAUAAAGAAGGCACUCCUCUCCAACAAUCCGACAAACCUCGAGCUGGGAUUGCGGCGGAAUAUCUCGCAAAGGGUUACACCCUUUCAGACCAGAUUCUGCAGCGUGCGAUUGAGAUCGAUAACAAGCAAGGAAUUUCGAAACGCUUCCUAGAAUACUUCCAAUCGUUUGAUUCCAAACUCGGCGAGCGCACUCUCGGUCCAGACAAGACCAUCUCCGGCAAAGUCCAUGAGACCGUCACUGCCGCUGCUCAGCAGGCUAAGACUGUCGACGCCCAGAAAGGUUACUCCAAGAUUGCAGGAGAGUAUUACGAGAAGGCUCUGGCGUCGCCGCUUGGCGUUAAAGUCAAAGAGUUUUAUACGACAACCUCGAAGCAAGUUCACGAUAUUCACGAGGAGGCACGUCGUAUCGCUGUUCAACAUAAAGCUUCCCCCGCUCCUGUUGGUAGCCCAGAACCCUCCCCAGCGCCGGCUUCUGCUUCUGCUUGA